AAACCGGCAAAUCGGGUUUUCCCGCCGAAACCGCAAAAUCGAGUUUUUCCGCCGAAACCGCAAAAUCGAGUUUUUCCGCCAAAACUAAAACCCCAAUAUCGAGUUUUCCCUCCAAAACCGGCAAAUCGAGUUUUCCUGCCAAAACCGUGAAAUUGAGUUUUACGGGUUUUCCAGAAAAACUUAAUUUUACGUUUUCACGGGAAAACUCGAUUUUGAAGUUUCGACGAAAAACUCGAUUUUGCGUUUUUGGAGGGAAAACUCGAUUUUGUUGUUUUAGUUGAAAACACGAUUUUGCGGUUUCGACGGAAAAUUUCGUUGUUUAGUUUUUGGCGCUCGACUUUUUUUUGGGUGAAAAACAUUAUUAAAUAUUGUAUAAUAAUGGUGUGAAUCAAAAUAAAAAGGUUAGAAUUUAAACUCUGGUCCUAUUAGGGCCAACCCUGUUUAAACCAUGUUUAAAAAUUGAAGGUUAGAGUUACAAAUGAGUUUGAAGGGUUAGGGCUAACCCUGUUAGGUUGAGACCAUAUUAACAUCCCUAGGUAUAUGGCAUGAAUCGCAUAUAUCAUUCCAUGACAUGCAAUUUUUAAGAAGUAACAAAAUGUUCAGGUCAAACAGGUCAACAAUUCUUUUUUUUUUUUUUGUAAAAUGUUAAAUUAUUUUACUAAGGUUUUCAAUCUGUUACAGACGCACGCGAAGAUAUUAAUAGCAGAUUAAUAUGAUAUAAUGUUUUUGAAUUUUUGAUGAUUAGGUCAUGGAAUACAUAAAAGUUAAUAUGAUAUGAUGUUUUCGAAAUUUUUAUGAUUAGGUCAUGGAAUACAAAAAAAAACUAAUAAUAUCUGUUUGGUUUAUAAGAACUAUCUUGUUCUUCUUCUUUUUUUAAACAUGGAUAUGCCAUUUCUAAUGGUAAAGUUUUCUCCUCUAAGAAUAGUAGAGGUGUGGAUCUCAACUGCUGCCCAAAAGAAAUUUAACAAUCGAUUCUUGUUUCUGAUCCAAAAAAUUUAUGGAUUUCGUCUUUGAGAUUCUUACAGAUCUUCUUUUUUUGCCAUUAACACUAACAAAACAGUGAAGAUACUUGUGAUUUCAAUUCGUUUUGAACCUUUUGGUAAAUAAUGUAAAUGAAAUUAGGUAUUUGAAAGGUUUGAGUUCAGAUCUAGGUAGUUAAAUUUUGGAUAUGUUGAUCGGUUAUGGAUAAUAUUAAAACGCAGAUUUUAAAAUAAUAUUAAAUUUAGUUAUACAUGUAUAACUAUAAUUUGAUGAAAUACUAGAUCAAAUUUUUAGUUCUUUCAUUAUAUAUCUAUUUUUAUUUUUGUAACUGAUAACAUUGUGCAUUCUACUUUCAUUUAUAUAGUUUUCCCAAAAAAACAUGACAUCAUUUUCAUGCUAAUAAUGACUAUUAAAAAAAAAUAUAAUGAUCAAAAGUGAUAGGUUUAAAUGUUUGCUUUUCUUAAUGAAUUUAUGAAAAUACUAAUGUGUAUUUUUUUUUUGUUUCUCCAUUAUAGUGCUGAUGUUAUUUUAUUGGCCACAAAACUACUUUUGUGGCAUAUUUAUAGUUUGAUAUAUAUAUAAAAGAUUUGAAGUUGCAAUCAAAAUGGAAAAUUAAGAUCCAAAUGUUUCUCCGACCUUUUUUGUUUGAACAAACCUAAAUAAACUCCAAAACAUCUACUAUUCACCAAACUAAAAAUGUUGAUACCAAAUUUGCAUUAGCUUAUGAAUGUAGUAAACAGAGUAAAUUAAUUAUCACUGAAACAGUCAACUUGGCUGUAACAGUUUUAUUUUCAGGCAAACAAUGAUUUAGUUAUUUUUAAAUUCAGACUUAAAAAACGAUUUUGCUCGGCAUAUUGAAUAAUUUGAAUGUCGUUAUGGAGAUAAAUACCACAUUUAGGGUCCUAGUUGGCCAUCCUAGUUUCAAUGCUUAUGUAGGUAAAUAGAACUAGGCUCUCAAAUCUCAAUAAUGUCACAUAAAGUUAUAACACAACAAGGCCUAGUAAUUUUCUGGGGUGUUUUAACUCUUUCAACGAACUAAAAUCUCAGCCAGAUCUCCAUCCUCUCCCUUGACACUUAAAAAGAACCCACCGGUUAAUUCUCUCUCUCUCACUCCACAAACAGAGCAACAUCUUGUUUUCAGGAUUGCUUGAAAAUUGGAGAAAUCUUCAAGGUUAUAAACCAAGAAGAGAGAGGAGGUAACAAUAAGGAUUUGAGAGAGGAAGAAGAAGAAUGACUACUUUAUCAGCUUGGCCAUGGGAAAACUAUGGCAAUCUAAAGUAUCUUCUAUACGCUCCGUUAGCUGCACAAGUAAUGUAUUCGUUAGCAUACGAAGAAGAUUACUGGAGGGCUUUUUGGUGUCUCAAUAUCCUCAUUAUCUGUGGACUCAAAGGACUCGUUCAUGUCCUUUGGAGCACGUACAACAACAUGCUUUUCUUGACUCGCACGCUAAGGAUUAACCCUAAAGGUGUUGACUUCAAACAGAUUGAUCACGAAUGGAACUGGGACAAUUACAUACUUCUUCAAGCAAUACUAGCUAGCAUGAUCUGUUACAUGUCUACACCAUCGAUGAUGAUUAUCAGUACUAUUCCUCUGUGGAACACGAAAGGACUCAUCGUAUUGCUUGUGCUACACGUUACCUUCUCGGAGCCUUUAUACUACUUUCUUCAUAGAUCUGUUCAUCGUAACAACUACCUCUUCACCAAUUACCACUCUUUCCACCACUCAUCUCCUGUUCCAAAUCCCAUGACUGCUAAUAAUGCGACGUUGUUGGAAAGCCUUCUCCUCUGUGUGGUAGCUGGAGUUCCUUUGAUUGGAUCUUUCUUGUUAGGUGUUGGAUCAAUAAGCUUGAUCUACGGAUACGCUAUCACGUUUGACUUCCUAAGAUGUUUAGGACAUUGUAACGUUGAGAUCUUCUCUCACAAGCUGUUCGAGACUCUUCCAAUCCUACGAUAUCUCAUCUACACUCCAACGUACCAUAGUCUGCAUCAUCAAGACAUGGAGACCAACUUUUGUCUGUUCAUGCCUAUCUUUGAUGUUUUAGGCAGCACACUAAACCCAAACUCGUGGGAACUCCAGAAAAUGAUUCGUUUAGCUGCAGGGGAACCGAGGAGAGUGCCAGAGUUUGUGUUCCUGGCUCAUGGAGUAGACGUUAUGUCAGCGAUGCAUGCGCCAUUCCUGUUUAGAUCGUUUGCUUCAAUGCCAUACACGACGAGGUUCUUCUUGCUGCCGAUGUGGCCAGGGACGUUCAUGUUAAUGUUGGUCGUGUGGCUUUGGUCAAAGGCAUUUCUUUGCAGCUUUUAUACCCUCAGGAACCAUCUUUGCCAGACUUGGCUCGUUCCAAGACUUGGCUUCCAAUACUUCUUACCGUUUGCUAAACAAGGCAUUAAUAAUCUUAUCGAAGAUGCGAUUCUGAGAGCUGAUAAGCUUGGUGUUAAAGUUAUAAGCUUGGCUGCACUCAACAAGAACGAAGCUUUAAAUGGUGGUGGAACGUUGUUUGUUAACAAGCACCCUGACCUUAGAGUUCGUGUGGUCCACGGCAACACUUUAACCGCAGCAGUGAUUCUCAAUGAAGUUCCAAAAGAUGUGAAAGAGGUGUUCUUGACAGGUGCCACUUCUAAGCUAGGACGAGCCAUCGCUCUUUACCUCUGUCGUCGGGGAGUGAGAGUUCUCAUGUUGACGUUAUCGACGGAGAGGUUCCAAAAGAUUCAGAAAGAAGCUCCUGCUGAGUUCCAGAACUACCUCGUACAAGUGACCAAGUACAACGCUGCUCAGCACUGCAAGACUUGGAUUGUUGGGAAAUGGUUGACGCCGAGGGAGCAGAGCUGGGCUCCUGAAGGAACGCAUUUCCACCAGUUUGUGGUGCCACCAAUCCUAAACUUUACAAGGAAAUGUACGUAUGGUGAUCUAGCAGCAAUGAGGCUCCCUAAAGAUGUUCAAGGAGUCGGAACCUGCGAGUACACGAUGGAGAGAGGGGUGGUCCAUGCGUGCCAUGCUGGAGGAUUGGUUCAUAUGCUGGAAGGUUGGGAACAUCAUGAAGUUGGAGCCAUUGAUGUUGACCGUAUUGAUAUUGUGUGGGAAGCAGCCAUGAGAAACGGCCUUAGCUCUGUUUCUUCACUCACUGAGUGAGUAUGAGAGGCCCUCCUGAUUGUUCUCUCUGA